GCCCGGAGGUCCCGCCCCGGACCACGUGUGCCACGCUUUCCGCUGCUUGGGAGACGUUUUGUUCUGGGAGCGGAGUUUAGGGCCAGCGGUUUGGAGCUCGCCGAGGGGCUGCCCACUGCUCCGUGGCCGCGUCUCCACCCUGUUCCCGGGCCGGGUUCCAUGGCUUCCCGCGGGCGGAAGCGGAAGGCCGAGGCGGCGGUGGUCUCGGCAGCUGAGAAGCAGGAGAAGCUGGCUGGCGGCCAGAAGGAAGUGGAGGAGGCGACGGUCGUUAUCGAGCAUUGCACGAGUUGACGCGUGUACGGGCGCAACGCCGCGGCCCUGAGCCAGGCGCUGCGCCUAGAGGCCUCGGAGCUCCCGGUGAAGGUGAACCCUGCCAAGCCCCGGAGGGGCAGCUUCGAGGUGACGCUGCUGCGCCCGGACGGCAGCAGUGUGGAGCUCUGGACUGGGAUUAAGAAGGGGCCCCCACGCAAACUCAAGUUCCCUGAGCCGCAAGAAGUCGUGGAGAAGCUGAAGAAGUACCUUUCGUAGGACGGCUUGGGCUGAAAUCCUCAUGCUGAGCUUUCUGUUUCUGGUGAUGAAGGAGCAUUUAUGACGGGACAUGGCCAAACUUCAGUUAUGUGCCUGAAGCUAUAGUUUCUUCCCCUGAAGAACUGAUGGUUCAGUUAUGAGGCAACACUAGUAAGGCAUUGAAAAGUUCUUGGAUUUGGUUUAAUAAAAGUUGAAAUAAAGUACUUGA